AUGCUUUUCAAAGUACGUGGUCCUGCUCCUCCGAAAGACGAGCGCCUCCAAAAUCAAAUGUCGAUAGCACAGAUUCUUACGUAUCGCGAUACAUGGACUAAUGCACCGUACGAGGGCUUUUCAGUUGAGCGAUUGCUUUCCUCUGCAAGGAUCGAAAAACAAAAGAAGUCCGAGGUACUGAAGUUGGUGAUGUCUGACAACGGGUUUCGUGUGCGAGAUAAGACUGAGAUGGAUGAGUCUGAGCUUGAGCUGCGCCGGGUCCAGAGUGCGCUCAAUAAGCUGACGGAGCAGAACUUCGAUGUGGUUGGCCAAGAGAUGCUUUCACAUGAUCUUAUUUGUAAUGCAGCCGUGCUUCCUGGUGUUGUGAAGAUUGUUUUUAACAAGGCCGUCUCAGAGCCGGUCUUUUCGGCGCUCUAUGCACGUCUUUGUGCGCGCAUUGCUAACUAUGAGCGGGAGCUAGUUAAUGAGAGCAAAAAUGACCCGCGUAUUCUCGAGAGGUUGAUGUCUGCUCAGAAGCAACUCAUGAGGGAUUCAUACAUGCCACCAGUGGGUGACUUCGUGCGCUUUGUUUUGGUAUCCCACUGUCAAAAGAUUUACGAUGAGUUCAGGAAUCAGGUUUCCCCCAAAGACCCCGAGACGGCGGAGCAACUUCGGAAGCAAAACAUGGCUAACAUCAAAUUUAUUGGCGAACUUUAUGUAAAGUCGCUUAUGACCACGCGCGUCAUCGUAAGCAUCGCGUCUUAUGCAUUAGCCCUGGGUAUUGAACCUGGAGUCACGAAAACAAACGUGUCCGAUGUGGACUUAGAAAUAGCAUACAAUCUUUUCUAUGUCAUAGGAAAGAAGUUUGACGAAAUGCCGAAAAACACGUGCGCCGAUGCGGUUUGGAGGGCUUUCCAAAAGUACGCCGAUGACACCGGCUUCCCGAAGCGUAUUCGCUUUUUGGUGCAAAACAUCUUAGACUGGCGGAGGUCGGGGUGGAAGCCAAAGGAUGUCGCACCCCUGGUCUCAUCCAGUGCUAAUACCGACACCCAGUCGGGAGCCAACAACCUUAAUGCGCACGGCGAGAACCAACACAUCAAAUCGAUGCAUCGGGUAGUGAGCAUAAAUAACUACCAAGACCACCCCUCCCAUCACCACCAUCCCCACCACCACCACCAAUCGCCACCACACCAACACUUUCAACAGGCGAGAGGGCAAGAGCGCGGAAACAGCUACACCGACCUCGGGCAGUUCGCGGAUGGCGCGAAUGGCGCCCCUUUCUAUCAAUCAUGGCUGCCUCCACCGGGUGUCGAGACAUUGCCGGAAUCGGACGGAAUGUCAAUGAGCGAGGAGGACAAGAAGCUUUUCUUAUUUGCGCAACCACCAAAGAGCCUCACCCCCGAGGUCGAGAUGCAGAUCUGUAGCAUCAUACGAGAUGCUAUCAUCAGCGGGGACUGGUCAUAUGCAGAGGAUACGCUCCGGGAACUCAUGCCUAAUGAAGGCAAUCUCAUGGGGAUCACGUGCGCCGUAUUUGUGAUUACGAAAAAGGUCACACUCAGCAGCAGUGAGGAUGACCGCAACCUUUUUUUCGAGUCACUCCAAAAUAACCUCUUUACACCUGUGGUGUCCAGGGGCUAUUCGUGGUUCCUCGCUGAUGCGAUUGUAAAAAACGCCAAGGAAGAUGUUCCACGCGUCUUUUCCCGUUUCAUCGCAGCCAUAUUGGCGACGCCGUCUCUAGACUUCCUUGUGGUUCUGCGAGAAAUCAUGGCACGCACUGCGAACUACCUUGACGUACUUUUUCCAUCUCUCAAGAGUGCUGAUGAGGAGUGGGAGGAGGACUUCAUCGAGGUUUGGUCUAACUUAGUCUCAGCGUGGAGCCUGGAGCGCGAGAAUGAUGUCGAGCUGAAGAAUCCCAUUCGUAUUCUAGACUGUAUUGCGGGGGUAAAGCAAAGGACUUUCAUGCAGGACAUUGCUCCUGAUUUUGUAAUGGAGCUUGUAUCGGCAGGUUUUAUCACUGAUGAGGCAAUCUCCGCAUGGACGGCAGAGAAGGGCAACAUUAGUAAGUUCAAGCCUUUUUAUGAGCAAAUUAUGCAAUUAUUUCCUGGUCUAGAGUAG